CAGCCCAGAAGAGCGACAAUACGCCCCCUGCAGCCUCCAUGUCCUCUGCUGACCCGAGGACGCCCUCCGGCGCCACCUCCUCCCGGAAGCCGCCAUCCACCUCGCUUGUCCUUGGGCUUGUGAUGGUACUGCCUGUAUGGCGGGCUGUGCCUGUCACCGCCAGGACCUCGGGGAACUGAGUCGACGUCUGGUUGCCAGGGUUCGUCCCCACUCAGCCCUCUGCGCACAGUCCCCGCGGCACCCCACUCGCGCUCCGGCGAGCCAUCAGGCCGCGCAGCCAGCUUCUCGCGUCCCUCGGACGGCCCAAGAGGACUUUGCUACUGAGCUAAACCGACACUAUCACCGUGUCCCCCGUCACGCAGUCCCCCCGUUUCAGGGUUUUCAAGGGCACAGCGAGCGUAGGCGUCCUCGCAGGAGCAGGAAGCGCGCGGAAGUGUCGUUUGGUUUUGGCCAGCAGAGAGCGGCAGAGUCGCGGGCCAGCGGCGGUCUAGUCCGCGGCGAGGCGGGGCUGGCGACGCAGACGCAGCGGCGGGACGCUGGGCUCGCGGAGACCCGACAGGGGGCGCCGACCGACACCGGCAACUCGGGCCACCCAAGAGCCGGCCCUUUCCGAGGCUGCAAGGACUGUGGUCACCGCCCGUGCCUGCCCCACGUGUUCCCAUCAGAAGCCGCACGCGAUCCCAUCCCGGCCCAGCCACCUGGCCUCAAGCCACAUGGAAAGUCCACCACAGAGCUGCGAAAGUCCUCCCACACCCACAGCAGGUGACACCCUGGGAGUCCAGCCAGGGAUCUCUCCCCUGCUCUUCUACCAAGAUGGUAUCAAGCAAGAGGAAGGAGGAGGACCCCAGGUCUCCUGCAGGCCCUGCCCUGGAUGCUGCCCUGAGAAAGCAGUAUGUGGAAGGCACCAAGAUGACGGGAUUACAGAGCUGCCUGUGGCUCCCCUACACCAAUGCUAGCAGCCCUCACAGGACGUCAGGGUAGAGAGACCCUGAUCCUGAAGACAGCCCCUCCGUCUUGCCCUCUGGCAUUGAGAACAGCCCAAUAAGCCACGGCAAUAUCUGAGCCCUGUCGCCAUGCUUGCUCACUCACAGCCACUUGUGCUCAGGCUGUGACAAGAAAGAGGUCUGGGCAGGGGUGGUGUGCACACAGGACCGGGCCGGGGAGGGGCAGAGGCGGGGCUCUGCUUGGGUCCUGCCCGGUGCCUCCUCUCAGGCAGCACACUCUCCCAUCCCUCAUUUGCAUGCUCUUCACAGGAGGGUGUCUGGUCACCCAGACCUGCAUAAGAGUCACACUUAUGGGUCCUUCCACUGGAGUCCUGUCACCCCAGCAGCAGCAGCAGUAAAGAAACUCUAGUCCAAAUGUAGGCUAGGGGUCCUACUCAUUCAUUCUUAUUCUUGCCUUGGGGUUCACUCUCCUCACUUUACAUACACGGGCAUGAGGGCUUAGAGAGCUUAGGGGACUUGGGGGAUUGCCCAGCAUCACAAAGCUAGAAGGUGCCAGAAGCAGAAUCAGAAUCCUUAGUAGACCAAGUCGUGUCCCAUGUGAGCUGCUCCAGGCAGCUGUCUUGGGCCCCUACACCUCUGCCCCUGCUCCUGCCCUUUCCCCCACUAUCCUCUGGCCUUCACACCCUGCAACCUUAGCGGCCCCUAGCAGAGGAGAUGGCACAAGGAGGGCCCUCACCUCUGAGGAAGGGGUAGGAAGGUGAGAGUCUUAGCCUGCUUGCACUGCGUCACAUCUUCACGUGUAAAGAGAAUUUCCUGCAGGUGGCUCUAGGUUUGCCCCAUGACUUCUCUUGAACAGUAGGCACCUGGGGAGAUCGUCACUUUGCCAGAUGAAUUCAGCCUCGGGAGCACGUGCAUAGCUUUUUGUUUUUAUUUUUAUUUAUUUAUUUAUUUGCCAUACUGAGUAGUGAACUAUGGUCCUUCACACUGAGCUACAUCCGUACACCUUUUUUAUUUCGUAUUUUGAGAGAGUCUCUCUAUGUUGCCCCAGGCUAGGACUGAACCUGCCAUCCUCCUGCCUCCCAGAGUGCUGUGGCUACAGGUGUGCACCGCCAGGCAGAAGUGCACUAUUAGUUUUCUUGCACUUUUGUCAUCACUGUGAGAAACAGAGCUUCCAGAGCAGCUGCUGCCCCUUUAGCUGGGCCCCAACAUUACACAGCUGAAGGACACCACUGUCUAGCUCCCCUUGGAGAGCUGCUACUGGACACGCGCAGUGUACGGGUGAGCCGCGCUAGCUACUCUGACAAUCGCUUAUGGUACGUCACUGAGGUUCAUGGUUACAUGCUAUGUAUGUGUCCUGCAUGUACCUGUAUUUUCAUAACCUGGGUUAGUUUGCAAAAAUUUUAACAAAAGAAGUGCCACUUUGAGUGGUAUUUUUAGAAAAUCUUGUGGGUAAAACAAGAGAAGACCUGAUAGAUAGUGGAUACAUGGUAAGUGCACUGAUGAUGAUGGUGGUGGUAUUGGUGAUGGUGCUGAUGAUAAUUAUGAUGGUAAUGAUGAUGGUGAUGGUGGUGAUAACGACAACUGUGAUGGUGAUGCUGAUGGUCAUGGAGCUUAUGAUGAUGAUGAUGGUAAUGGUGAUGAUGCUGAUAAUUAUGAUCGUGAUGGUGGCGAUACUGUUGCUGCUGCUAAUGAUGAUAGUGAUGAGAAUAGCGACAAUGAUUGUAAAGAUGAUGACAAUGAUGGUGGUGAUGAUGACAAUGACAAUAGUGAUGUCGGUGGUGAGGAUGGUGAUGACAUUGGACCUGAUGGUUGUUGGGAGCCGCGGCCGACACCGGUCGCUUUACUUGGCGGACGUGAGGCCUGUAGAAAAGAGCAAAGCCUGAGCUAGAUUACCCCUCCCAUCGAGUGAGCCAAGUUGGCGCCUGCUUCCUGCCCCCUGAUUGCCCUGGUGACUUAAACAACCCGCUCUGUAAGAUAGUCUGCCUAGCAACAACUGAUGUUAGCCAGUCAGCCCGCAUCGCGCGCUUUAAACUGAUUGGCCACUGUUACCCUAUAAAAGUGAGUGCCUCUCCCGCUACGAGAGAGAAGCACAGAGAGAGAUAGAGAAAGUUCACCAGUAAGAAAGGACUGGUGGCAAAGCAGAGGCCUCGCGGGGCCCACGCGGAGACAAAUAAAGACAAGGUUGCACACCGUCAGAAUCUGUCGUGUGUUUUUCCUGCCGGCUGGGAGCGACACCGACAUCUGGUGGCCCGUACGGGGACCUGAUCACUCCCCUCGGUGGUGUGCAACGCUCCAGCGUGGUGCUGCCGGACAGGUGAGUAGGGGAUAAGCCUGGGCUCUGGGUGGCGCGCACCUACAGGGCUUUUAGACUCCCCUCAGGCUCACACGUAGGUGACGGGUUCUCUAAGUCACACGUGGUGAGUUACAGCCCUUAGAGGUUAAAAAUGGGUAAUUUACCGAGCGCGGAGGCGCGGCCCUUGGUAAAGGCCCUUAGAAAGCUUUUAAAAGCUAGAGACCUCAGGGUAGGUCAAAAAACACUGGAACUAUUCAUAGCAGAGGUAGAUAGGGUGGCUCCCUGGUUUUUACCCACGGGGCAUUUAAACCUGCCGUCAUGGGAGAAGUUAGGCGGGGACCUCGCCUCGGCGGAAUUGGGAGGCGAUAUUUCGCCGGCUAUUCGCCCCCUGUGGGAAAUGAUACAUGCGUGCCUUGAAGGGGAGGGGAAGGGGUUCCCAUCGGCAGUUAGAGACGCGGAAAUCAUGGACGCACGCAAGGCUUUUGAGCAGGCAAAGUCGGAAUGCUCUCGGGAGGGAUCUGUCCAGGGGGAAAAAAUCCAGGGAAAGAUAGAGGACACCCAAGCUCUGGAGUCCUCCGACUUAGAUAGCGAGGAGGAACCAGAAGGUGGGGCAGGAAGCCGAGAGGCCAAAAACCCCUAUGCCGAGUUGCGCCGCGAAUUGUGUGCGUGCGCCGCCCGGGAAAAGCAGAGAGAGGAGAAAGGGCCCCCGAGCGCUCUCUGGCGGGGAGGAGAUAGAGAGCCAUCCGCUCCGCCCUGGAGCUCUUUUCCAGAAGCGGCUCCCCGCCGAGAGGCCGCUACAGGGGACCCUCCCUUCUCUCAGCCGGCACAGGAAGUGACGCCCCGUUCCACUCUGUCGCGACCGCUGUCCUAUGACGUCGCGCCGCGGGGCGGACGGUAUUUUCAUGGGCGGUUAUGGAAGGGUGAACAAUGGUUCGGAGGGGAUCCACCGAUGCAAGGACUAGAUUACGGUCCUUAUGGAGUAUACCCUGUGCAAAUGGCCCCAGGCAAAGGGCGCAAUGUUUGGGAACCGUUUGAAAUAAAACAGAUCAGAGAAUUAAAAAGCGCUGUCACGACCUUCGGGCCCACAGCUCCUUAUACCAUAGCUAUGCUAGAGAAUCUUGCCUCUCAGCCUCUUACACCGGGUGACUGGAUGCAGCUGGCCAAGGCGUGCCUUCCUUCGGAUAGUUAUCUUGAUUGGCGAGCAUGGUACACAGAGUUCUCUGCCGAGCAGGCUGAAAAAAACGCCGGUCGAGGAAACAGGGGCUGGGGAUUUAGCUCAGCAGCAUAAGCGCCUGCCUUGUAAGCAGGCAAUCGCGAGUUCGAUCCCUGGUACCGAUAAAAAAAAAAAAAUAAAUAAAAAUAAAAAUAAAAUAAAUAAAUAAAUAAAUAAAUAAAUAAAAAUAAAAAACAAAAAGGGGGAGUAAGCCAAGGCCUGCCUCCAAAGGCGCGGUUAUCUAUAGCAUGACAAUGGAUGGGCCCGGAUCCGGUAGUCAGCUGGAACCAAGGUGCGGUUUGUGUUUUCCCGCAGGAACCGGGACAAGAACCAUUGUGGGUCCCAGAAAGACUGACGCGUGCGACAAGCCCUUCGACUGAAGACUAAUCCUGUCCUGCCGGAGACCAGCAGCAGGCCUGACAGCCAGAUGAACCCGAAAAAGGCUGCUUUUUUCAUUGGGGGCAUUGUCCUAGCACUCCUCAGGAAAAGUAUGGUACAUGCGGGGCUGGGGGGCCCCGCUUCUGGAAUAGAUCUUCUCACGAGCCUUCUUGGCAGUCCGUGCGAUUGCGGAGGUGGCACGGUAAGCAGUAUACCACCUAGCGCCAAAAAAGGACCAGGGACCGAUUGUGGGGAUAAAACAGCAUUCUCAGUUGUGUACCCCUCCACUGCAGGAGGAUUUAGUCAACCAUCCUAUCAGUGCAUACUUAAGCCUAAGGUGAGUCCCUCAGGGCCUGGUGAUCUCGCCACAUGUCCCUGCACUAAGUUUGAGGAAUCCAUGCAUGUUACAUGCUAUACAGAGACAAAACAAUGCAAACUUAAGAGUACAACCUAUUGGAUGGCAACGCUAACUACAACUAAAAGCCCUGUUGCCCCUAACCAUAUUCCCGCUGUUGUAGGCGGUUCUCCAUUCAUGCAGUCAGGUUGUAAUGGAGAGGUUGGAGAAACGGUCUGUUGGUCUAUGACCGCUCCCGUUCACAUCUCUGACGGUGGAGGGGUCCAAGACCAGUACCAGCAGGAACAGGUCAUCGAGCGAUGGGAACAAUUAAAUCCGUUCCCUGAAGUCAAUUACCAUCCACUCCUACGCCCAAAAUCCCGAGGCAUUAACCUUGACCCCGCUACUGAAUCCAUAUUAGAGGCUACCCACAAAGCACUCAAUCUUACUGACCCAGGGCUGGCCUCCGAUUGUUGACUGUGUAUGAUGAUGGGAGAAUCAUGGCCGCUGGCCAUGCCAUUUAGAGACUAUGAAAGUGAACCUUACAAUUAUAGCACACCCUAUAAUUGCUCACAUGGGCCUCCAUUUCGGGUCCAGUUUAUGGGACAGUUUAAUGCAUCCUGUUUCCAAAAGUACCCACAAAAUAAUAGUUAUGAUAUUGUUGUUGGAGCGCUGGCAGUCGCCUCGUGUGAGUCCAUAACCAAUGUAAGUAGUAGCUCGCCGCUAUGUGCCCCCUUUGGCAAAGUAUUUGCUUGCGGCAAUGGUCAUGCUUAUACCUACCUGCCCAGUAAUUGGACCGGCCUAUGUGGCCUAGCUUACUUGUUGCCUGACAUUGGUAUUGUCCCUGGGGACCAACCCAUGCCCAUCCGAGCUGUGGACACCUUUAUAAAAAGACAUAAGAGAGAUGUGCUGAUUUUACCUCUCUUGGCUGGUCUGGGGAUAACUGGAGCCCUGGCCGCCGGGACUGCGGGCCUAGGAGUUUCAUUAACCAAAUAUACUCAGUUAUCCAAGCAAUUGAUAGAAGACAUGUCUAUAGUUGAGAGAACCCUUCAGGAGAUACAAGAUCAAAUUGAUUCCCUUGCAGAGGUUGUUCUGCAGAAUAGAAGGGGCCUAGAUCUACUCACUGUAGAGAGGGGAGGUAUCUGUAUUGCCUUACAGGAAAGAUGCUGCUUUUAUGCCAACAAGUCCGGAAUCGUUCGAGACCGAUUAAAGAAACUGCAAGAAGACCUAGAAAAGAGAAGAAAAGAACUACAAGACAAUCCCUUUUGGGGAGCCUGGAAUGGCUUGCUCCCCUAUAUUUCACCAUUGUUAGGUCCCCUGUGCUCCUUGCUUCUGCUCUUACUUGUAGGACCAUGCUUGCUCCGAUGGGUCACAUCGUUCAUUAAUGGACGCCUUGCGGCGGCACGUCGUCAGGUCCGCAUGGUUGCCCAUGCGGCCCUGGCAGCAGCCCGUGAUGGGCACAAUGACCCCCAGGCUUACGCAUGGCUCGCUCGACUGGCCUACGACCGGGUCUAGAUGUGGCGGGUCUUCCGCACUCCUUCCCUAUUGACACCACACAGCAGGGUAGGUGAGUCAAUGACGGGUAAGAGCGUGCCUCCCCAGCACGACUCGACCUAAGCCAGGCCCUACCCCAUACUGCACGAAAGCCGCUGGAUUACUAGAAUCUGCCCAGAUCUAGAUGUCUCUCCGAGGGGAUCACACGGAGGGGCAUGAGUGCAUGCCUAUGUGCAUCCAGGUUCCGUCCAGUUCACUCCUGGCCCUGGAAAAAGGACGAGGGUCUCAAGGCCUUGGUGGACCCGGGGACGGCCGACCAGGGUCCAAGCCAAGGGCCUACGGUGGGCCUCAACACAGGGCAUAAGCCUCUGCACUCGAUCCAGGGUGGGCUGCGAUGCAUACAUUUAUUCAAAGUAAAUAAAAUAGGGGGAGAUGUUGGGAGCCGCGGCCGACACCGGUCGCUUUACUUGGCGGACGUGAGGCCUGUAGAAAAGAGCAAAGCCCGAGCUAGAUUACCCCUCCCAUCGAGUGAGCCAAGUUGGCGCCUGCUUCCUGCCCCCUGAUUGCCCUGGCGACUUAAACAACCCGCUCUGUAAGAUAGUCUGCCUAGCAACAACUGAUGUUAGCCAGUCAGCCCGCAUCGCGCGCUUUAAACUGAUUGGCCACUGUUACCCUAUAAAAGUGAGUGCCUCUCCCGCUACGAGAGAGAAGCACGAGAGAGAGAAAGUCCACCGGCAAGAAAGGACUGGUGGCAAAGCAGAGGCCUCGCGGGGCCCACGCGGAGACAAAUAAAGACAAGGUUGCACACCGUCAGAA